AUGGUCAAGGAGGAACAUAUGGCCAAGGAGGUUCAUACGGCCAAGGAGGAACCUAUGGCCAAGGAGGAACAUAUGGUCAAGGAGGAACGUAUGGUCAAGGAGGAACAUAUGGUCAAGGAGGAACCUAUGGUCAAGGUGGAACAUAUGGUCAAGGUGGAACAUAUGGUCAAGGAGGAUCACAUGGCCAAGGAGGAACCUAUGGUCAAGGUGGAACAUAUGGUCAAGGUGGAACAUAUGGUCAAGGAGGAUCGCAUGGUCAUGGUGGAGCUCAUGCUCAAGCAGGAACAAAUGUUCAGGGAGGAACAGCUAAUCAAGGAGGAUCACAUGGUCAUGGUGGAGCUCAUGGUCAAGCAGGAACAAAUGUUCAGGGAGGAACAGCUAAUCAAGGAGGUACACAUGGCCAAGGAGGAAUCCAUGGUCAGGGUGGAACAUAUGGGCAUGAAGGAAGUUAUGGACAAGGGGGAACACAUGGUCAAGGAGGAACAAAUGGACAAGGGGGAACAUUUGGUGAAGGUGGAACAGUUGGUCCAGAUGGAGCACAUGGUCCAGGAGGUAUACGUGGUCAAGAGGGAAUGCAUGGUCAAGGAGGAAUAUAUGGUCAAGGAGGGACAUAUGGCCAAGGAGGAACAUAUGGUCAAGGAGGAACAUAUGGCCAAGGAGGAACAUAUGGCCAAGGAGGAACUUAUGGCCAAGGUGGAACAUAUGGCCAAGGAGGAACACAUGGCCAAGGAGGAACAUAUGGCCAAGGAGGAACACAUGGCCAAGGAGGAACAUAUGGUUACCCAAGUCCUCAAGAAACACCUGAAAAACCAGGAUUUCCAGGUCAAACUGAUCAACCUAGUAAACCAAGUUACCCAGGAACACCUGGCCAAACAAACCAACCAGGUCUCCCAGGUAAACCUGGUCAACCAGGCCAACCAAGCCAACCAGGUUUCCCUGCUAAACCAGGCCAACCAGGUUUCCCUGCUAAACCAGGCCAACCAGGUUUCCCUGCUCAACCAGGCCAACCAGGUUUCCCUGCACAACCAGGCCAACCAGGUUUCCCUGCUCAACCAGGCCAACCAUGUUAUGCAGGUUACCCAAGUCAACCAGGUCUACCAGGCCAACCAGGUUACCCAAGUCAACCGGGUCAACCAGGCCAACCAGGUUACCCAAGUCAACCUGAUCAACAAGGAAAACCAGGUUACCCAAGUCAACCGGGUCAACCAGGCCAACCAGGCCAACCAGGUUACCCAGGCCAACCAGGUUACCCAAGUCAACCUGGUCAACCAGGCCAACCAGGUUACCCAAGUCAACCGAGUCAACAAGGUCAACCAGGUUACCCAAGUCAACAUGGUCAAACAGGGCAACCGGGUUACCCAAGUCAUCCUGGUCAACAAGGCCAACCAAGUUACCCUAGUCAACCGGGUCAACCAGGCCAACUAG